CUUGUAGACCCUGACCCGCCUUCACGCCGGCUCAACGCGAGUCCAUCUUCGGUGAGCGGACCGGCCAAAAGCGUUGCAAGCUCUAAAGUGGCCGCCCACCUGCUCGCCGCCACCUCUCAUUUCCACAAUCCGAAACCAAACAACAAAAGAUGGCCAGCCAAAACCCCUCCACGCCCGUAAAGGUGCCUUCAUCAGCCGCUAGCUACACCGCGGCCACACUCGACCCAGAUCUCAGAUCCCAAAUCAACUCCAUAUUGAUAAAGGAGGGGCAUGUCACCAAAAUCCAAGACAGCCUCCUGCACGCCCUCCACUCGCACAAAUCCAACUGGCCGACCGCCGUGCAGAACCACGCGCUCUCGCUGCUCCGCUCAGGCGAAGUGACCUCCUUCCCGGCCCUACUCCGCCGCGUGCUCGAGGACGUGCGCCAAGACACGACCUUCUCCCCGAACGGCACCGCGGCCACGACCACGACCACGACCACGACCACGACCAACGGCACCUCGUCCUCCUCCAGCAGCAAGACCGCCAACGGCGCCGCAUCGUCAGAAGAGAACGGCAGCACGCCGGCGGCGGUAAACGGCAGCAGCAGCAAGACCAACGGGUCCGCCGCCGCCGCCGCGGCAACCAAUAACGGCACGGGUGCUGCUGGUGCUGGUGGCAGGCCGAGCCUCGCCGUCCCGCCGACCGUCGUGGAUGAGGCGCUGAAGGUCACGCGGGAUUGUCUCGAUUCGGUGUGCGAGAUGGACGAGAGCGGUGGGACGUGAUUUGGGUGGUGCCCACCCAAGGUGAUGGUUUUAUGAACACGACCCUGUGCUGUUCGGGAUACCCGCUCACUGCCUAUCUCCCUCAAGACGGGAGUAGGGGGGUGGUGGCGGAUCUGGAAGGCGAUGGGAAGAUGUCAGCCACAUCCGUGCAAAAAACACCGGGCACAACUU